AUGGACGGAGGGAAUGCGAAAGAAUAUUCCUCAAAUUAUAACUUUGACGACGACAUCGACGAUUAUGACGAUUUUUAUUUCUACGACGAUCCCAUGAGCAUCUCUCGUCUUGACAAAAGGCGACGUCAAUUACUUUCGGAAGUAGACAACGCCAACUUUUCGUCAUUUCACAUUCGUGCGUGUGUUGUAUCGGGAAUUGGGUUCUUUACCGACGCGUACGACCUGUUCGUAAUAAAUUUAGUAUCAACCAUGCUGGGAUAUACCUACUUUUCUAAGAAUGAUAAUAUAGUUCCGCCGAACAUUGACACGGGCCUAAAAAUAUCGGCUGCAUGUGGAACGCUUGUAGGUCAACUCUUAUUUGGCUGGUGUGCAGAUAAAUAUGGUCGCAAAAAAAUCUAUGGAUUGGAACUUUCGAUAAUGGUAUUUGCGACAAUUGGUUCCGCGUUGUGUGCAAAUACUUUUGCGGUGACGCUCUGGGGCGCACUAAUAUUUUGGAGGUUCAUUCUUGGUAUUGGCAUCGGGGGGGAUUACCCUUUGUCUGCUGUAAUAACGAGCGAGUUCGCUACUUUAAAGAGAAGGGGUGCCAUGAUAGCUGCCGUUUUUGCAAUGCAAGGCUUUGGCAUCUUGUGUGCUGCCAUAGUGUCCCUGGUUGUAUUGGUUUUUUACAAGAAUAAAAUAUUUGAAGAUCCAAGAUAUGUGGAUUGCGUGUGGAGAAUAGUCUUGGGUUUUGGCGCGGUUCCCGGUGCAAUUGGCCUCUACUUCCGGUUAACCAUACCGGAAACCCCAAGAUACACAAUAGAUGUGGAACGAAAUAUUGAACAAGCAGCUUUUGACGUUGAUACCGCAUUGGCGAAUGGAAAGAGAGAUAAAAAAAAUACGUUGGAAGACAGACCAAUUCAAGUGUUUGAAGCUCCCAGAGCAACCUGGAAGGACUUCAAAAAUUAUUUUAGUCAAUGGAAAAAUGGAAAAAUACUUUUAGGUACCUCAAUAUCUUGGUUCGUGCUGGAUGUGGCAUUUUAUGGGAUCGGCUUAAACAACUCGAUCAUUUUGGAAGCCAUCGGGUUUGCCGGUGGCGCUGACGUGUAUUCUGCACUUUGGAAUAUGUCCGUUGGCAAUAUUUUAAUAACCAUGUUGGGAACUGUGCCUGGGUAUUGGUGCACCGUUAUUUUCGUCGAUAAAUGGGGUCGGAAGCCCAUCCAGAUGAUGGGAUUUGGCGUUCUAACGGUUCUAUUUCUUAUCUUGGGAUCCGCUUAUAAUUAUAUCAUAAAAACCAGUCUUACUCUAUUCAUCACAAUAUUUUCCAUGUGUCAGUUUUUCCAAAACUUUGGGCCAAACGCGACAACUUUUAUAGUUCCAGGCGAAGUGUUUCCCACGCGAUACCGCUCCACGGGACACGGGAUAUCUGCAGCCAGCGGAAAGCUUGGCGCGAUAAUAGCUCAAUUCGGUUUUCUCAAGAUGAAAGAUAUCAAUGGAAGAAAUCAAUUCGUCGGCCAUCUCAUUCAAAUAUUUUCGGUAUUCAUGUUAAUCGGGUUAUUUUCGACUGGAUUAAUACCCGAGACAAAGGAUAAGUCGUUGGAAGAAUUGUCACAUGAAGAACAAACUGGCUUUAUAAAGCCCAGUAGAAAUAUGAUGAGCGGUGACGUCGAUGAACAAAAUUCUGAUGUUACUUAUGUUCACGAUGAAUAUGGUAAUAGUCACUAUCAAGCUAGAAAAUAUAGUACGAAAACUAUUGGAUAA